AUGGAUUCUGAAGUUUGUUGGCUUAUAAUUUAUUACUUUUACUAUUUAUAUCCACGUUUGCUGCCAACCUCUUCAGUUAUGCCAUCCCCAACCACCCUUCCGCUUGAGGAGUCGCAGCCUGAGUUGAAUCUGAUUCUAAAAAUCAAUCAGGAGGAUACGAUUCAACUUUUUAGUAGUAGUAGUCCGCUCUAUAAAUGCUCUUAG